GCCAGAGCUGGGCGGCGGCGGGCGCAGCGGGAGGAGUCAAUCCGAUUCUGAGGCGGUGGCGCAAUGGAGGGACUGGAAGAGAAUGGAAGUGUUGUCCAAGUUGGAGAAUUGUUACCUUGCAAGAUUUGUGGAAGAACAUUUUUUCCAGUAGCAUUAAAAAAACAUGGGCCUAUUUGCCAGAAAACUGCCACUAAAAAACGGAAGACUUUUGAUUCAAGCAGACAAAGAGCUGAAGGAACGGAUAUUCCAACAGUUAAACCUCUGAAACCUAGGCCAGAACCACCAAAGAAACCAUCUAAUUGGAGAAGAAAACAUGAAGAAUUCAUUGCCACCAUACGAGCAGCUAAAGGCCUUGAUCAGGCACUGAAAGAGGGUGGAAAACUUCCUCCUCCUCCUCCACCUUCCUACGAUCCUGAUUACAUUCAAUGCCCAUAUUGCCAGAGGAGAUUCAAUGAAAAUGCAGCUGAUAGACAUAUAAAUUUCUGUAAAGAACAAGCAGCACGUAUUAGUAAUAAAGGGAAAUUUUCUACAGAUACCAAAGGAAAACCAGCUUCUCGGACACAGUAUAAGCCACCUGCAGUUAAAAAGUCAAAUUCUCCUGGAACCACAUCAUCAGGAUCUUCAAGAUUACCGCAACCAAGUGGCACUAGCAAAGCUGUUGUAGGUAUGCCUUCAGGUAAAGUGUCUUCAGUUAACAGCUCUUUGGGAAACAAACUUCAGACCCUAUCUCCCUCUCAUAAAGGGAUAGCAGCCCCUCAUGCAGGUAAGAUGGGCAUGUUAGGCCCUCCACUUCGAACUGGAAGAAAUGUGCAAAGGUUGUAUGACUGUGAUACAAAAUCAAACAGUGCCAACAAAAGACAUGAGUUAUUACCCAUUUACAAAACUAACAUCAAACCUCGAAAUUCCACACCACCUAGUCUGGCACGAAACCCUGCCUCCGGUGCGCUUACAAGCAAAAGAAAGACAUACGCUGACAGUUACAAUGCAAGGCCAGAUGGAGACUAUACAUCUUCACUUAAUGGUGGAAAUAUUAAAGGCCUUGAAGGAAAUUCAUCUGGACAUUUACCAAAAUUCUGCCAUGAGUGUGGGACUAAAUACCCUGUAGAAUGGGCAAAGUUCUGUUGUGAAUGUGGCAUUCGGAGAAUGAUUCUGUGAACAGCAUCCCAAAAGAAAAAAAACCAGGUUCAGAAUUCUCUGAUUAUUGCUGCUUAGACAGCUAGAGCACUUCCUCUAGUUACUUUGUGCUAAAAAUAUUUAAAAUACAUUUUUAAGUAAUUUUUAGCACAUAAUCUUAAGGCUGUAUAAUCUGUAUAAAUGUGUACAUAUACUGUAUAUAAUAAAUACCUGAUACCCUGAACUGUGCCAUUCAAGGAAAUAUUCACUUAUCUGUCAGAAAAUCAUUUCAAAUGGAAUCAUUAACUUAGGUAUUACAUUUCUCUUGUUGUUAAAGCAUGUUAAGUACAUAUGUACACACACUCUCAGACUGUAUGCUUAGCUCUUCAAAUUUAAGGUAACCAUAACUUCGAACAAAAAAUCAGAAUGAACAUUUUUAUCAUUGGUACUUGUCUUCAUAUGGUGUUGUAGUAGGAUGGGAAACUUGGUAUUUUGUAUUUGAGGAUAAUGGUUUUUGUUAACUGUUUAGGUUUGUGAGGUCAUUUUCCUAUUGAGAUCUUUAAUAACUAAUUUUAUAAAUCUUAAAAAAAUACAGAAAAAAGCCCCAUGUUUAUGUUGCUCUUGGUAUAUUAUUAAUUAUAUAAAGAUCUUUACUCAUUCUGUGAAAAUGUAAUUAUGCAUUUCCUUUCCAGAAACACAAAUAUAAAAAUACAAAUGUCUUAUAACUGAAUGAGCUUUUUUAACUUCUGUGUGAA